GAUGUGCUUAACCGGCUGAAUCCUUCUUACUAUCGUAAAACGCAGAUACAAGCUGGCGCAUAUCAAGACCCUGACCCGCGCCAGCAAGCACAGAAAGCCCGGCACCUGAGCAAAUAUAUCUUUCCGUUGCAAUACGGUCUAUCCAACGUGUUCAGCCAGCAGUCUGCUGCUAAAGAAAGUUAUAAGCAGCCGAAUUUUGCUGACAGAGAGCGUGAGAUUGAGCUCUUUGGAACAUGCAAGACACCGAAGCGGCUGAAAGACGUACUUGUGCUUUUGGAGAAGAUGAUCUGGCGACAUGGCAAAUGCGGUUAUAAGCUACUUAGAGACAAAGUUUGUCCAUCCAAGGUAAACAAGCUCUAA